UUGUUCUCUCCCAAUCUUCCGCGCGCGCCCACACACACACGCAUACUAUAUUACAUAAAGAAAGAAACACAUAUCAAAUCAUAUCAUGCUCCCUCCUGCUUCCUAAUUCCUCUGCCUUUCGCAUUUCCCAUUUCCCAGAUUGCCAAUUCGUUUCGUCGCUCGAGGAGAGGAGGAGACCCGUACCGAAUAAUGGCGGAGCUUCUGGAAACCUACGCGUGCGCCCCUUCGACGGAGCGGGGGCAAGGCAUCCUGAUAUCCGGCGACCCCAAGUCCAAUUCGAUCCUCUACUGCAACGGGCGAUCCGUGAUCAUUCGUUAUCUGGACCGUCCGCUGGAGGUCAAGGUGUACGGAGAGCACGCGUACCCGGCCACCGUUGCCAGGUACUCCCCCAAUGGGGAGUGGAUCGCCUCCGCUGACGUGUCCGGCACCGUCCGGAUCUGGGGGACCCACAACGAUUUCGUGCUCAAGAAGGAGUAUCGUGUCCUGUCUGGUCGGAUCGACGACCUCCAGUGGUCUCCUGAUGGCGCGCGCAUCGUCGCCUGUGGUGAUGGCAAGGGCAAGUCCUUUGUCCGCGCCUUUGUGUGGGAUUCAGGAAGUAAUGUUGGAGAAUUUGAUGGUCAUUCUAAAAGGGUUUUAAGUUGUGCGUUUAAGCCAUCAAGACCAUUCAGAAUUGUAACAUGUGGCGAAGACUUUUUGAUCAAUUUUUAUGAAGGACCUCCCUUUAAGUUCAAGCUGUCUCACAGGGAUCAUUCAAAUUUUGCAAAUUGCAUUCGCUUUUCUCCAGAUGGAAAUAGAUUUAUUAGUGUAAGCUCUGACAAAAAGGGAUUGUUAUAUGAUGCUAAAACUGGAGAGAAAAUUGGAGAGCUGUCUUCUGAGGAUGGACACAAAGGCAGCAUAUAUGCAGUUAGUUGGAGUCCUGACAGUAAAAUGGUGGUAACCGUCUCUGCAGACAAGUCUGCUAAAUUGUGGGAGAUAUCCGAUGACAAUACCGGAAAUGUGAAGAAAACAUUGAUCUGCCCUGGUUCUGGUGGAGUGGAUGAUAUGUUGGUUGGAUGUCUUUGGCAAAAUGAUUACAUUGUUACUAUUUCUCUUGGUGGAACUAUAUACAUUUACACAGCCAGCGAUCUUGAAAAAGCUCCGCUAGAAUUAGCUGGACACAUGAAAAAUAUUAGUGCCCUUUCUGUGGUGAAAAGUGAUCCCCAAUUCAUACUGACGGGCAGUUAUGAUGGCUUACUCCUUAAGUGGGUUCAGGGCACAGGAUGCUAUGGAAAGUUAGAGAGGAAUGUGACUUCCCAAAUGAAAUGUUUUGCAGCCGUUGAACAAGAAAUUGUAUCGACGGGAUUCGAUAAUAAGGUAUGGAGGUCUUCCCUGCAAGGAGACCAAUGCGGGGAGGCAGACAGCGUUGAUAUUGGCAAUCAGCCCAAGGACCUGAGUCUUGCCCUUGUUUCUCCCGAUCUUGCAUUGGUAUCCAUUGAAACUGGGGUUGUGUUCCUCCGCGGCACAAAAAUUGUGUCCACCAUUGACCUUGGAUUUACAGUGACAGCGUGUGCAAUUGCGCCAAAUGGAGAUGAAGCUAUUGUUGGCAGUCAGGACGGGAAAUUACACGUCUACUCUGUUGCAGGCGACAGUUUGAAUGAAGAGGCAGUGCUUGAGAAACAUCGGGGAGCUAUCACGGUCAUCCGCUACUCUCCGGAUGUUUCCAUGUUUGCGUCGGCAGAUGCAAACCGAGAAGCCACUGUAUGGGACCGUGCUUCCCGCGAGGUGAAACUUAAGAACAUGCUAUACCACACGGCGCGCAUAAACUGCCUGGCAUGGUCCCCGGACAGCAGCAUGGUGGCCACGGGGUCACUGGACACUUGUGUCAUAGCAUACAGAUUAGAUAAGCCAGCGUCGAGCCGGGUAACCAUAAAGGGAGCGCACCUGGGCGGGGUGUACGGAUUGGGGUUCACAGACGAGACAACGAUGGUCAGCUCGGGCGAGGAUGCAUGCAUCCGGGUGUGGAAGGUAACAGCGCAGGACUAGUAUUUGAAUUUUCUGUGUUUCUUUUCUUGCCAUAGAUAUAAAUAUAAAUAUUGAUGAGCUUGUUUUGGUUCUCGUGGAAAGAAUAAUGUAACAGUAAUAGGCAGAGUGAGUGUGUGUUUUGUGUGCUGUUUGAAAUGGUGCGUGUGUUGUAAUCGCGGAUUUUGUGUGCAAGAUGCUUCAUUUGUAUUUUUGUUUAUGGUAUUUGGUUUGUGGUGA